CUUAGUUGGAAAAUGGAAGAUUUGCAUCGAAAUCUGUUCAAGUUGGUGGUGCCAUUUGUAAUCGGUGGCUAUUUAUCUGGCUUGGUGGUGGCAUUGCUCUGGUACCAUUGGCAUCCGACGCUGCGAGAAACGGACAUAGAUCAGCUCUGGUGGCUUAUAGUCUGCAUAGCACUGUUGCUUAUUAUUCUAAUCUUCAGUCGUCCCGUGCGUUGCAUUUUGCUGUUGACGCUGCCUUCGCUGACGAGUUCGCGCGGACGUGCGUUGCUUAUAGCGCUGGCGUUUUUUCUAGCCGCCACCGGGCCGAGUGCCAAUAUAUUGGCCAAUGUCAUGGUCAUGCUGCGUAGUCUGGCCUGCAGUCAGGAGCUGCUGCGUCAGGUGCUGAGUCAGAUGCUCGAUGUGCUGCUGGAGCCGGUGCAAGCUUUGCGUACAGCGUUCACUUUCAUGAUGGAGGAAGUGCGUCGCGUGCUGCGCCAGCUCACGCUGCUGCUGCUGCGCAUACAAAGCUAUAUGCUGAUUAUAAUUAAUACGCUCAAGAGCUGCGCCGCCUGGCUCAAGUCUGUGGUGGAGCUUUGCAACUCGCAGCUGGGCACGCCCUGGAUGCGCUGCCAGCGCGCUGCCGAGACUGCCAUGUUGCGUUGUCGUUCGGAGCUGGGCAUGCUCAAGUCGCUUUGCUAUGCCACCAAGCUGUUCCUGGCGCUUUGCUAUCCCACCAAGCUGGUGGACAUAUUCUGCAGCGGCUUCUGGGAUCCCAAGUGGGAGCUCAUGGAUCCCAUUCUGAAGCGUUAUUUGGAGUUUGUAGCGACGCUGGAGCAAAUGUUUGAUGCCAGCAUUACCUUUGAGCAUGAGUUCUUCUUUCAUAACAAUCCCAGCAAGAAUCUCUCCGAUGUGGGCGAGCAGAUAGCGCAGGAUAUUAACCAGGACUUGGCUCCAUUUCUACGCUUGCAUAGCUGGACGCAUUUGCUCUGUUGGCUGCUGCUGCUGGGCGUUUUUAUCAAGGCCAUCUAUUUCUAUCUGCGCUAUAUGUUGAGCAGGGCGUAUCAGAAUGUUUACAUAACCAGCGAUUUCUAUGCCAUCGACGAGGAGAAUUGGCGCCUUAAUAGGGAUACUGUCCUGCCGCUGGAAUAUUUGGAGCGAUUUAAAUACUUAAAACUCAGCAGUUUACGUCUGACGCAGUUCGAGAGUCUGCUCAUAGCCAAGAACUCGUUCUUUAUGCUGAUCACCUGCUUGCAGCUUGGCUGCAUUUGCUUUGUGGACUACAGUCUGUUCUGGCUGCUGGCCACCAUCUCGUAUUAUGGCCAUGAGCAGGCGGAGCUGGAGGUGCCCGCCUACAUUGAUUUGCAUAUCAAGGGCGGCGGCAUUGUGGGCGACAUAAUGCGUGGCAUAGUCAACGCCUUUCGUCCCUUAACCCAAAGCAGCAAAAUGGAUACCAGACUAUGUCUGCCAUUGCCGAAUCCACCCAGAUACAAUCACUAUGUGGAAAUACUGUCGCUCUGCCUGCUCGCCUGGAUUGUGGCGCUAACUGAGCCGUAUGUGCUGCGCUUGCGACACGUGAUCAUGCGUUGGAUAUAUCCGGAACGCGCACAAGAACGUGCCAUGUACUUCUAUGAGCAUCUGUUUAUAGAAAGAGACUCUGUCUUCAUUUUCAACAGACGCAAAGCGCGUGCGGCCUUCAAGCAUCGCAACACUGAAAGCUCCAACAGCUGCCCAAACUGGCUGAGGGCUAAGCUAGCCACCUGCAACUGUUGCGCCUGCUUGUUGCCGCAGCCUCCUCGCAGUAAGUGCAUCUUGUGCCAGCGCCCAAUACCCAACGAAUCACGCAUCUACUGCCAGAAAUUGAACUGUCCGGGCGUCUACUGUGAGGUUUGCUUUACGAAAUGUGAGAGCAAGUGCUGCCUUUGCCAGCAUCCCAGAGAAUAUGGUGACUUUGAAGAUCCAUCUGAGGUUGACGACUCCUCUGAUGAUGGUGCAAACAACUCCUACGGACAAUUGGAGGCGAGAAUUUAUGGUCAUUUCUGCACACAGCGUACAAUCAAGUUGAAAAAAGAGAAAAAGAUUAUUAUGAAUCCGGAAACGGUGUAUAAGGAUCGAAUAUAA